UCUUGUGUAAGCCCUUGGAGAGAUUUACCAGGACUUUGGAUGCACAGCACAGCUUCCCCUUAGUUGGGUAUCUUCUCUUCCCCCAAUGCCACCCACCACCCACCCACCCAGCAUCACCCAGUGAGUUCCCAGCAGCUCCCAACUCACCCCCUGUGGGACUUUGUGGACUUCUAAUUUGAGUGAAAUGAUCCUCAGGUUGGAUUGGAACCCAGCCUUGCUGAUCGUUGGCACCUCUUUCGUUGGCUUCAACCUCCUCAAUCGGGCUGUGGAACAUCACCUGCCUGUGCCAGAGUCUGCCACCAGGAACCGAUGGAAAUGGAGAAAUAUUUGCACCUCUCUGGCGCACAGUGUGGUGACUGGGAUCUGGGCUGUACUGUGUUUUUAUUUCCAGCCACAGAUGGCAGAAGAUUUGAUCGCUACUCAUUCCGCCUUCUCACACGCACUGGUGUCGGUUUCUAUAGGUUAUUUCAUCAAUGACUUUGUGGACAUGUUAUGUAACCAGAAGCUGCAGAAUUCCUGGGAGCUUCUCUUCCAUCAUUCAGUGGUGAUCACUUGCUUCGGGAUCUCGGUGAUGCUGUACAGCUAUGUUGGCUUUGCGGUGGUGGCAUUGCUGGUGGAGAUCAACUCUGUCUUCCUUCACCUGCGGCAGAUCCUUCUGAUGAUCAACCUGCGCCAAAGCACCCUCUUCCGCGUCAACAGCAUCAUCAACCUGGGGACCUACGUGGUUUUCCGCAUCAACACACUGGCCUGGAUGACCCGUUGGCUGGUCCUCAACCGGGACAAUGUGCCUCUGGUAACCUACACUAUAGGCAGUGUGGGAAUGGCCAUCAUGACCCUGAUGAACAUCGUCCUCUUUUACCGGCUGCUCAGAAGCGACUUCCUCAAGUCCAGCCGUGAAAUCAAGAGAUAAAAGUAAAGCCACGUCACAAAAGAAAUGCUAGACCAAAAGAAAGUCAUCUAGUUCGCCUUCCACCUUCCUGGCGGUCCCAGGCACGUAUGUCCCAAACUACUAUAAGAACAUCAGAAAUACUUCACUGCAGUCAUCGAGCCCGGCUGGCUGGCCGGCCUGGAGCUUCUUUUGAAAGUUCCCACUGCACUGAACACUGCUGUGUUUCGCCCACAAAUACACAGUCAAUUC